AUGGAGGACAGUGAUGGAUCACGGAAGGUGGAGGGAGCAGACGUGGAGGAUAGGGCUGGUGCCAAUGGAUUUCCCUGCUGUGACAAGGAGUCGGUGGACAUUGUGGAUACACAGGGUGGCAUAAACCAAAACCAGUUCCAACCAAUACAAGAGGAAGAUGACAUGGAGCUGGAGAAAGAAUUGCUAGAGCUGGAGCCCCCAGACAAAGAGGUCCUGCGCCUAGACCCAGAACUGGAGCUGGAACGGAAGCCCAAGCCUUUCCCACAGCCAGAGAUGCGCCCGCUUCUCAUGCUCAAGCCCGAGGCCAAGCUGGACACAGAGCCCAAGCUGAAGGUGGUUAACUUGGAACCCUUCAGUGAAGACCCUGAGCCACAGGGGCAUAAGACAGAGUCACUCCACCCCUACAUGGAAGGGCUAACGCAGCAGGACAUCAGCCGAUGGAGUAUGAGGUCAAAUUCCAGCUACCUGAGUACCACAGAGGAGGACCCGGUGUCCACCGACCACCGCUCUCUCUGUGUGCAGACCUCCAAACAUCUCUUCUGGGCAGACAAGUUCAUCCAGGCCUCAGAACACAGCCUGCAACAGGCGAUCAGCAUGCAGCCCAUCAAGGAGAGCACAAAAGAGACCGCCUGCCAUCCAGACCAGCCGUCAGCCCCAAAGGACACUGUGUGCUCCAAGAAGCAGAGCCAGGCCCCCAGUGCCCAGCCAGCUCUUUCAGACAAAGUCUCCCAGCAGCCUCCAAGCCCCCAGCCGUCCCCCUCCCCACAAACCAUCAGCCUGGCAGAGCUGAUCAACAUCACAUCUUCCCUGGCCAUGGUCUCCUCCAGCAGGAUGGACUUGCCCAAUUUGGGGCAUGUGAUCAAAGCCCCACUCCAGAUGGCCAUGACGCCUUCCACAGAGCCCACUGUGGAUCACACUGCCCAGCCCACCGUGGAAGAGCCAGAGCAGGAAAACCUCACUAAGGAUGUGCUAGAGAAGCCACCAGAGGAACCACUAGAAGCCAGGGAGCCGCAGGAUGCUUCAAAGCAGGAAGACAAGCACUUCCCUCACCCUUACCUUGACUUCAGCAAGCCAGGGUUCAAGAGGGCCACCAUUGAAGGGGAAGUGAAGUUUCUCCAGCCCCCAAACAUGUCCCCUCAGCCGCAAGGAGCUGGGAAAGAGUAA